UGCCCGGAGGGGCCUUUGGCCUGGACUCCCCAGGUCUCGUCUGCGGGACCAGGUCCAAGCUGUCCCAGGCCAGUGGGGCCGGCAGGCCUGGCUCACCGGAGGUGUGGUCUGCUCAGAGGGAGGCUGGUCAGGGCAGGGGUUCAUCGGGGGCCCACAUCUGGGCCUCUAGCCCCGGGCACAGCCAAGGCCAGAGCAGCAGGAAGACUACAUUUCCCAGAGUCCCCCAGGCCCUGGGAAGGAGCCAUUGGAAGAUUUAAAUAGCCAGGCCUGAGGCAGCCAGGCCGCAGCUGUGGACUCGUCCGCCUCCCGGGUGGCUCCAUUGGCGCUGGCCCGCGCUGGGGGGCUCGAUUGGCUGCCCAGCUGGCACUGACACUCCCUGGGCGCCUGGUGGCAGCCGGAGGUAAACAGCCAUGUGCGAUCCUGCUCUCUAUAUUUAACAGCUGCCGCAGAGCAGGCAGGGAGGCAGGGAGCAGUGGCGGCUCCCGGGCUCCCGUCUUGGGGAGAAGGCCCUUGCAGCCAGGCUGGCACCGGCCCUCGCCCUGUGAUCGUCACCAUGCCUGCCUCCCAGAGCCGGGCCCGGGCCCGGGACCGCAACAACAUCCUCAACCGGGCCGAGUUCCUGUCCCUGAACCAGCCCCCCAAGGGAGCCCCGGAGCCCCGAGGCUCGGCCAGGAAGGCCUCCGGCCCCUCGGCGCAGCCCCCACCCCCUGGCGACGGGGCCCGUGAGCGGCGCCAGUCGCAGCAGCUGCCCGAGGAGGACUGCAUGCAGCUGAACCCCUCCUUCAAGGGCAUCGCCUUCAACUCCCUGCUGGCCAUUGACAUCUGCAUGUCCAAGCGCCUGGGGGUGUGCGCCGGCCGGGCCGCGUCCUGGGCCAGCGCCCGCUCCAUGGUCAAGCUCAUUGGCAUCACCGGCCACGGCAUCCCCUGGAUCGGGGGUACCAUCCUCUGCCUGGUGAAGAGCAGCACGCUGGCCGGCCAGGAGGUGCUCAUGAACCUGCUUCUGGCCCUGCUCCUGGACAUCAUGACGGUGGCGGGCGUGCAGAAGCUCAUCAAGCGACGCGGCCCGUUCGAGUCGAGCCCCAGCCUCCUGGACUACCUCACCAUGGACGUCUACGCCUUCCCCGCCGGGCACGCCAGCCGCGCGGCCAUGGUGUCCAAGUUCUUCCUCAGCCACCUGGUGCUGGCGGUGCCCCUGCGCGUCCUGCUGGUGCUCUGGGCCCUCUGCGUGGGGCUGUCGCGGGUGAUGAUCGGCCGCCACCACAUCACCGACGUCCUCUCCGGCUUCGCCAUCGGCUACUUCCAGUUCCGCCUGGUCGAGCUAGUCUGGAUGUCCUCCAACACCUGCCAGAUGCUCAUCUCCGCCUGGUGAGCCGCCUGUCUGAGGCCCCGGGGCCAGGGGUGGCCCGAGAGGCGGCCGGAGGACAGAGCCCCGGCAGGGGAGGGGGCCCCAGGCAGCCCCGGUGCAUCUUCCCAUCUUGGAGGCUGGUGACCGCAGGUGUGGCCCUCCAGUGACUGGCACACCCCUGGGUGCUGGGUGCCCCUUUCAUGGGAUGCUGGUCCCUCCCCAGGCAGCCUGGGCCCGGCCUCGGGAACAGCGCCCCUCGGCUUCCGCUCUGAGAUACUGGGAGAGAACCAGGGUGGCGGGAGAGCGGCCCAGCCUUGUUUUGUCCUUUCAUCGUCAUGACUGUUGAGUUCCUGGCUGUGCCCACCCCACCCCAGCACGACGCCAGGCAAAAUAGCCACCACCCAGACAGGUGCCAUCACCAUUUGACGGGCAUCGCUAGCUUAGGGCAGCGCUUUCCGAAGGGUGCCUCACUGGACACCAGCCUGCACGAUGCUUUGGGAGGAAAAAUGGUUUUGUGGUCAAACACGUUUGAGAAAUGCUGCAUAUCUGUUGGACAUUCGCAAGGGCCCGUGUGGUCGUAAAGGCUCUAAGUCCUGUAGGAAAGCUUCCAUCAAACCUUGUUGAACCCCUGUCUCCUAAACUUAUUUGACCUCAGAACCCUUUUCUCGAGGAACAGCUACGAAUCCUGCAGGGAACCGCAUUUCCCCAAGCAUGUUGGGAGAUGCUGCCUGGGAGCAGAGGGGCCGGAGGGCUGAGCUGGCCUCUCCCCACACCGGGCCCAGAGCCUGGGGGAACCAGGCGUCUGCGGCACGCCUGCAGAAAGCCCCUAGCCCAGGGCAUCGGUGCCGCUUUGGCCCCCAGGGGCCGGACUCCGUGUGACCUAAUAGGUCGUUUCCAAGUCAGCCGUUUUGAAUGUACACUUCAUGUGACAAUACAGAUGACAUGCAAGCA